AUGGCAACCAGAAACGAAGAGGCGUCGAGUAAUGGCGACCUCCAAGCCCAUCUGGAGGUUGCUAUCGUUGGAGGCGGCAUAAUUGGCGUCAUGACGGCACUAGGGCUCUUGCGUCGAGGAUUUAGAGUUACUAUCUAUGAGCGUGCUUCCACAUGGCCAGAGGUAGGAGCCGCUUUUGCCUUCACAGCAAUUGCACGGGAGUGCAUGGAACGCCUCGACCCGCGCGUACUUGAGUCUCUUGCUCGAGUUGCCCAAAGAAGUCCCCAUGACAAGGUUCGUUACUGGGAUGGCUUUCACCCUGAAACUAAAGAGUCUGCUAUGGAAGCGGACUCCGCAGUCUUAUUUGAGAUUCUGGAAAAGAACAUGGCCUAUUGGGCCUGUCUAAGGGGUCACUUCCUGCUAGACAUGGCUGCCCAGCUUCCCGACGACGUGAUGAAGUUCGACAAGCGACUGGUGGACUACGAUGACAAUGAGGCAAAUGCGAAGGUAAUUUUGCGCUUCGCAGACGGAAGCACUGCACAUUCCGACCUUGGUCUGUCUCCCGUACAACGCAUGGCUUAUGCCGAUAGAUGCACCUUAAUCGCGUGCGACGGUAUUCAUUCAACUACCCGCAAGAUCUUCCUAGGUGCAGACCACCUGGCCGCAAAUGCUAAGUACUCCCAAAAGGCUAUGUACCGCGCUAUGGUGCCCAUGCCGAGCGCAAUCAAUGCACUAGGGACCGACAAGGCCCAUGUACAAAUUGCGCAUAUGGGACCUGAUGCCCACAUCGUGUCUUUCCCGGUAAACAACGCGCAGGCUUAUAAUGUUUUCGUCUUCCUACACGAUCCAGAGGAGUGGAGUCAUGGGCAUACCAUGACCGUCGCCAGCUCCCGUAACGAAGUUGUGGAGGCACUGCAGGGUUGGGGACCGCAUAUCAAGGAACUCGUUGAUCAAUUUCCCGAAACCUUGAGCAAAUAUGCCAUCUUCGACCAGGCUGACAAUCCACUUCCAUCAUACGCUUCCGGUCGUGUGUGUCUGGCCGGCGACGCAGCACAUGCGAGCAGCCCAUUUCACGGUGCAGGUGCCUGCAUGGGCGUUGAGGAUGCUUUGGUCCUGGCCGAGCUUUUGACACGCGUCGACGCUGGGCCUACACCCAACAUACAGCGCAACCUCAGAACAGCCUUGCAGACAUACAGCUCCGUACGAAUUGAGCGCAGCCAAUGGUUGGUUAAGAGCUCUCGGGAGAUGGGAGACAUUUAUGAGUGGCGAUAUCCUGCAUCUGGAGAUGAUGGCGACAAAUGCAAGGCCGAGUUCGAGAGGCGUUCGCAAGUCAUUUGGGAUUUUGAUGUGGACGGCAUGGUUACUGAUGCGAAGAAGGUCUAUGAUUCUCAGGUUGCGGUUCAAGGGCCCUCGGGUCAAUAG